CAGCCUCCCGCCUCUACUUCUCGUCCCGCUCACCGUUUCCAAUUCCAGCGCAGCAGAUUUCACGGCUACUUCCCGGCAAACCAAGUUCCCCGCCGGAGAUAUAAAACGAAAACCAGUCACAGGAAUCAAAGGAAUGGAGAAUGGCCUGAUCUCCGUGGACCGUUGGACGGCGGGAAGCCAGGUGUACUUCCUGACGCACCUCCACUCCGACCACACCCAGGGUUUGACCUCCGGCUGGGCUCGAGGCCCGCUCUUCUGCUCCCGCCUCACCGCCAAGCUCUUCCCCACUAGGUUCCCGGACUUCGACCUCACUCUGCUUCGCGUCGUUGAUAUUGGCGUAUGGAAUUCAGUUCCUCUCGUCUCCCCUUCAUCUGGAUCUCGGACAGUUGCUCGAGUAAUGGCAAUCGAUGCUCACCAUUGUCCAGGAGCUGUUAUGUUCUUAUUUCGUGGCGAUUUCGGCUGCCUGCUUUACACUGGCGAUUUCCGCUGGGAGACAACCGGGGAGAGGGCAAAGAUGGCGAGAGCCAUGCUUGUCAAUGCUCUCAAUGGCAGAACAGUCGACAACCUUCACUUGGAUAACACAUACUGCAACCCGUCUUACGACUUCCCGCCCCGUGAAGUUGCUGCUCAGGAGAUUGUCAAUCUCAUUGCCUCCCAUCCUAAACAUGAUGUUGUCAUUGGGAUAGACUCCUUGGGGAAAGAAGAUCUCUUGCUCCAUAUUGCACUUUCUCUCGGCAUCAAGGUAUCUGAAAUAUUCCACGAUUGCUUGUUUAGUUCAGCUUUGAAAUUGGAUUGGGUUCAGCCUAACUCUGAACUGCUUGUGUUUCCCUGUUGCUGCAAGAUUUGGGUAUGGCCAGAGCGUUUGCAGACCAUGCAUAUCCUAGGGUUUCACGACACCUUCACAACCAAGACAUCGCUAACAAGGGUUCGAGCUGUCCCUCGUUACAGUUUCAGCAUUGAGACAUUAGAAGCCCUCAAUGCAACGCGGCCAACCAUAGGGAUCAUGCCAUCCGGUCUCCCAUGGGUGGUUAGGCCUGUCAAAGGAGAUGCCAAUCUCUCCGGUUCUCACUUGACCGCUCGUUACAAGAAAAGGCAGCCUAGUGGGAGUUCCACUGGUGUGGAAAAACUCCAUCAGUACAUGUAUUCAGUUCUGUAUUCUGAUCACUCGUGCUUUAGUGAGAUACAGGAGUUCAUGGAGCUAGUCCAGCCGACUAUUGUGAAAGGGAUUGUGUGUUCGUCGGCUUGUUACGUGGAGCCACUCUACUUCUUCGGCCGUCUCUGUGGAGUGUUUUCUGUGGAUAGCCAUGUCCAAACGAAGAGAAGAAGUGAACGGGCAGCUGAUGUGGAAAUUAAUAAAUCUGCCGCGGAAAGUGGGGUGGAAGCAGUAAGGAAGAAAAUGAGAUCAAGGGCAUAUUAUGCAGCAGGAGGAGUUAAGGUGAGCAGGACCAGUGUGCUGAGACGGGUAAGCCGGGGUGCCAAAAUCAUGGACAAUGACUCUGCUGACUGA